GAGGUCAUAGUUCGGUGGAUGCGGAACUAGCAUGCAGUAGCAACCAAACAUGUCUGUGGUAGCGACUUGGUGUACAGUUUUGUGCUUAUACGGAUAGUUUUUGCUCCGCAGUGAUUUGCUCUGCUGGAAACCUCACGAUAUUUUUAUCAUUGUUUUUAUCAGGAUUCUAAUUAAUGUUGGCAUCUGCGUACUUUAGGAGGAAUGACCACCAUCGUCCACGACACCACAGAGGCAGUGUGUCUGUCUGCUGAGUACAACCUGUACCUGAAGCCCAUUGCCAAAAUGACCGUCAGUGUAGCUUUGCCUCAGCUCAAGCUGCCAGGCAAGAGCAUCUCCAACUGGGAGGUGAUGGAGAGGGUAAAGGCCAUGGUGGCUCCAGAGCAGUUUUCAGCUCUGCGUAUCUCCAAGAGCACUUUGGACUUCAUCCGCUUUGAGGGUGAAGUGGAAAACAAGACGGUGGUCAAGAGUCUGCUGAGUCGUCUGGAUGGAAAAACCAUCAAACUCAGUGGAUUUACUGAUGUCCUGAAGGUACGUGCAGUAGAAAACAAAAUGGAUUUCCCCACGCGCCAUGACUGGGACUCUUUUUUUCGAGAUGCAAAAGACAUGAACGAGACUCUGCCUGGAGAGAGGCCCGACACUAUCCACCUGGAAGGGCUUCCAUGUCGCUGGUUCAGCCAUAAGGAUAGCCAGUUCCCCGACCGGCCUUCAGAGGAUGUCCUCAUGUCUGUUUUUCAGACGUUCGGCAAGGUGCGACAUGUCGACAUCCCCAUGCUGGACCCCUACAGGGAGGAGAUGCUGGAUAAAAACUUCAGUACAUUCAGCUUUGGAGGUCAUCUGAACUUUGAAUCUUACGUUCAGUAUCAAGAAUACUGCGGCUUCACCAAAGCCAUGGACACGCUGCGUGGCAUGAAGCUGAUGCUGAAAGGAGACGAUGGAAAGGCGGUGGCGUGCAACAUCAAGGUGACCUUUGACACCAGCAAACAUCUUAGUGAUGCAGCCAUAAAGAGAAGGAGCCUAGAGAGGCAGAAACUGCAGGAGCUGGAACGGCAGCGAGAGGAGCAGAAACGACGGGAGAAAGAAGAGGAGGAGAGACGAAAGGAGGAGGAGAGGAAACAGAAGGAACAGGAAGAGGCGGAGAAGGAGAGGAGGAAAGAGGAGCGGUUACGCAAACGAGAGCAGAAGCUGCGGGAGAAGGAGGAGAGGAGGAACCUGAAGAAGGUGAAGAGGCAGCAGGAGCAGGAACAGAAAAAGCUGCAGGUGAAGAUCGCUAUGGAGGAGAGGAGGCUGCUGCUGGCUCAGCGCAACCUGGAAUCCAUACGACUCGUCGCCGAGCUGCUCGCCAGAGUAAAAAUGCUGAAGCAGCAGCAGCAGGAGAUCGAGAGAGCUGAACGUAAGGAGCGGGAAAGGCAGGAGCAGGCGCGACAAAAUGAGGAGCUGGCCCGCCUGCAGCAGCUGGAGGCCUGUCGGCGCAAGCAGGAGGAGGAGCUACGCCGAGUGGAGGUGGAGAAGCAUCGAGCGCUGGAGCUCCAACGCAGAGAGAAGGAGCUGAGGGAGAAGCUUCUGUGCAACCUGAUCAAGAAGAGCAGCGAGGAGGCAACUGAAGCUGCAGACGCGCAGGGCUGUGUUGGUCAUCUAACAGGGGUAGGGGCUUCUGAUUUGGGCGACGUGACGCUGGGGGCCAUGGGUCAGGUGAACGGCGUGAUGACGGAGGAAAGCAAGGAGAAGCAGGCUUCUAAACCCAACUCUGAGGUUUUAGGGAAAACCAAAUCCAAGGAGAAGAAGAGAGGCGUCGACAGGAAGGAAGAGUUGGUUCAGAGCAGGCGCAGCAGAGACGGAGCGAAGGGCCGCUGCCACCGAGUGAAACGCUCACACAGUCGUGGGAGGAGUAGGCGUUCUCACAGCUACAACAGAAGAAGAAGGAGCUCAAGUUACCGCAGACGUAGUUACAGCCGUCACAGGAGGAGCAGUAGGAGGCGCAGCAGCUCCAGCUCCAGCAGAAGCAGGAGCAGCAGUGGGAGGAGCUACAGCAGGGGGAGGAGCCACCGGCACAGUCACCACAGAUACAGCAGACGUAGAUCUAGGAGCAGUAAUAAAAGCAGAGACCGCAGAAGUCCAAGCCAUCGGAGAUAUUGCCGACACAGCAGCAGCAGGGACAGAAGCUACUCCAGACGACGCUGACGGCCUCCACGCGGUCGUUCACUCACGCUUUCUAAGUGUUUUUGAUCCGUUCGAUUAAAAAGUAUUCAUACUUGUUCUGAAAGACAAAAUGAUUUCUUUUAAAAUAAACCGAAAAGGUUCAACAUCUGGUUUAGUAAGAGUGGAUUAAGGAAUUUUUGUCGACUGAAACCUGCUUUGGAACAUUUCUGCUUUUUUUGUCGCCUGAAAAGAACAAGAAACCAUAAAGCUUUAAGAAAAGGAGAAAAAAAAUCUCUAUUUUAUGUUUGAUGUAACAAGCCUACUCAGUCACAGCUGCAGCGUCACUAAAACACAAACUCCGCUCUCAGCAUGAAGUUUUAAACGUCCUCGAAUGCUUUUUAUGGAACAAGUGUGCUCGAUUUAAGCAUAAAACAAACAUGUUUUUUUAAACCUAAAGAAGCCUGUAUUUCUGUUGAAACGUCUUCAUUCAUUCAUUAAAUUGUAGAAACUUUGAAAAGGUCUAAUUUACUGAAACAAUUUUGUUGUUCAUGCUUGUGAUCUUCUAGAACAUGUCUUGGAAAACACUGGAAGUGAUUAAAAAUAAAAAUGUAAA